CCUUCCUUCUUUCUUUGUUAUUUGAUUCCUCUCCCUCUAGCCGACGCUGCUCCCACCACCGUUUACACAUUACUCCUUCCUUCCAACUUUUCCCUCUCUCUAGUCUCUCCCAUGGAUUUCUUCACCUCCGUCUUCACCGACGGCCCACCCUCCUCCGAUUCACCCCAGCUCCAAUCAAUACCCCUUCUUGAUGAUCAUCCUGUUCCCGACGACCCCAACCCCGUUCCGAGCACCGCUUGGAGUUUCGGCGGGUUUAUCAAGACUUUCGCGCGCGACCUCGAGGAGCUCGGAUCCGGUUUGAAGAAAGAGACGGCUGUCAUUCGGGAAGUCGCCUCCCGCGCUGUCAAGGACCUCCCGGCUUCCCUUGAUGCCGGCGCCUCCGUCGCUCAGGAUUCGCUCGAGUCGGUCGGCCAAGCCAUCGACGACAUCGGGAGUUCCGUCUGGAAAUCCACGGCCGUGAUCAUCUCUCACGGUAGGGACACGCUUCUAGCCCUUCAUCCUGACCCCGAUUCCUCUGAUACUAUAUCUAUUAAUGAUCGAAGAACCAUCGCUAGACGAUCGACUAGUAGUAAUAGUCAGCGUUCGGAUAUGAAGCCUUACAGUCGGUUCGAUGCGCAAGUGCGCUCAAUUCAGGGUGAUAUGAAUACGUAUUUGGAGGAACCGGAGGACGUGGAUAGGUACAACCAGUGGAAACUAGGGUUUUUAUUGGAGGAGAAGGUGGAAGAGAUUGAGAAAUUGAUCGGGCAGAAUGGUGUAAUUGGAGAGAUUUAUGGGAAGGUUGUUCCGAGUAGGAUUGAUAGGGAGACCUUUUGGAGUAGGUAUUUUUAUAGGGUGCAUAAGCUAAAGCAAGUUGAGGAUGCAAGAGCUAAGCUCGUCAAAAGAGCGAUUUCCGGGGAAGAAGAGGAGGAUUUGAGUUGGGAUUCUGAUGACGAAGGUGAAGAGAAUAAUGGGUCUGAUUCGAAGGUCGAUUCAAGUGACCCUGACAACGUUGAAAGUGUUGAAGUUGGAUUGGAACGACAAAAUGAAGAGACGGGUGGUGGCGUUGUCUUGGAAGAUAGAUCCGAUGAGAAAGUGGUGUUGGAGGAAAGGAGGAAUAGUGUGGAAUCUGGGAGAGAUAGUGAUAUUUCCGUUGUUUCCAGCCAACCGUCGCCGGAGGAAGAGGACCUUGGGUGGGAUAAGAUUGAAGACAUUAGAAACAGUGAUGAGAACAAAGUGGAGGAUGCUGUUGGGAGCGCAAGUAGGCUUGAUUUGCAUAAGCGGCUGGGUGCUGCUGAGGAGGAGGAGGAUUUGAGUUGGGAUAUUGAAGAUGAAGAUGAUGAUCAACCUGUUAAAUCGUGAUUAAUUUACGUUUUGAAAAUUGCAAUUGUUCUGACUCAACAAUGUUGAGCUUAUACUCGCCCGGAUUGGGUUUUCCUGCCAGUGUUCAUUCAUAUAUCUGUAAUAUUUUGAUUAUAAUAUUUCCGGAUUUCAGAC